AUGAUCCACAAGCAGAACCGGGCAGACGACGCACCCGCAAACCUCUCCGACCAGCUCCAACCGCAGGGCGAAAUAGAUUUUCUCAAAUACCAUACCUCCCAUUCCCCCUUCGACAAGGUCCCCAAGGACGAUCUGGAACUAAAGCCGAAAACCCCACAGAGGCAUUCAUCCUCCAGAUUCGAGCCCUCCUUGAAUAACCAGGCCUUUGAAAAAUCGCCUCCAUUCGAGGAAGUCGACCCGCAAUUCCAUAUAGACCUAUUCAUCCAGAAAGUCGACCAGUGCAAAAUAAUGUUUGACUUCUACGACCCUUCUUCAGAUAUCCAGGGAAAGGAGCUGAAAAGAAUAACCCUGCACGAGCUCACCGUCUUCAUCAGCACAACAAGAAUAAACUUCACAGAGGAAAUGUACAAACACGUUGUCGACAUGUUCAAAAUUAACAUAUUCAGACCAAUCCCACCUCCAGUCAACCCAAUUGGAGAUAUCUACGACCCAGAUGAGGACGAACCCGUCUAUGAAUUAGGAUGGACACAUAUGCAAUUGGUCUACGAAUUCUUUCUCAGAUUUGUCGAAUCUCCAGAUUUCAACAAUACAAUAGCAAAACCUUAUAUUGACCACAAAUUCGUUCUAACCUUGUUGGACCUAUUUGACAGUGAAGACAAUAGGGAGAGAGAUUGCUUGAAAACAACCUUGCAUCGGAUUUACGGGAAGUUCUUGAGUUUGAGAUCCUUCAUUAGAAAGUCGAUCAAUAAUAUUUUCCUAACGUUCGUUUAUGAAACUGGACAUUUCAACGGAAUCUCAGAAUUGUUGGAAAUUCUGGGCUCCAUCAUCAAUGGAUUCGCAUUACCAUUGAAGGAAGAACACAAGAUUUUCUUAAUCAGAGUCUUGGUCCCUUUACAUAAGGCUAGGUCCCUUUCCCUGUAUCAUCCUCAAUUGGCGUAUUGUAUUCUACAAUUUUUGGAGAAAGAUUCUUCUUUGACGGAAGAAGUCAUAAUGGGAUUGUUGAGAUACUGGCCGAAAAUCAAUUCUCCGAAAGAAUUGAUGUUCUUGAACGAAAUUGAAGAUAUAUUUGAAAUCAUUGAUCCAAACGAAUUCCAAAAAAUAGAAAUCCCCCUGUUUGCACAACUUUCGAAAUGUAUCUCAUCACCUCAUUUCCAGGUUUCUGAAAAAGUCCUUUGUUUUUUCAACAAUGAAUAUUUUGUCUCCUUGGUGACAGAAAAUGCAGAAAAUAUAUUACCUAUAAUUUUCCCCUCGAUGUAUGAAUUGGCACAGCCCGAGCUCGACAUUUUGGAAAAUCAAAAUCAAUCAGAAGUGGAUUUUGAUGAACCAAACAAUUGGAAUAGAACCAUUUCGACCAUUGCUUACAGUGCCUUGAAGAUCUUCAUGGAUACCAAUCCUGUUGUCUAUGACCGUUGCUUUGUGUUGUACGAACAACAGAUAAAAGAAGAUAACGAGCGGAAGCAUCUGAGAGAAGAGCAUUGGAAGAAACUUCAAGAAUAUGUCGAUAAACUGAAGGCCGGAGAGAGGGAAAGAGACGUCGAAAUCAAAUGA